AUAAAUUUGGUAACACCCGGUAGCACUUCUGGUUCACGCUCCGUUCGGUUAACAUCCAGACGCACCAGGUAGAAUACUAUGGCAGACCUCAACGCCAAGGAUGUCGAAAAGGCGGAAUUUGCCUUCUCGAUUUACGAUGCCGAUGGUACCAAUGUCAUUGAUGCCGUCGACCUUGGAAAUGUUCUUCGUGCACUCAACCUAAACCCCACAAACGCCACUAUUGAAAAGCUUGGUGGAACGAAGAAGAGGGGCGAGAAAUUGAUGAAACUCGACGAGUUCUUGCCAAUUUACAGCCAAUGCAAAAAGGAUAAGGAACAGGGAUGUUACGAAGAUUUCCUUGAGUGUUUGAAGCUUUACGACAAACAGGAAAAUGGAACAAUGUUGGCUGCGGAACUUUCACACACACUGCUCACGCUUGGUGAACGUUUAAGCGACUCGGAAGUAGACACUGUUUUGAAGGAUUGCAUGGACGCCGAAGAUGAGGAUGGUUUCAUCCCCUAUCCCCCAUUCUUGAAGAAGAUGAUGGUGCUAUUGUAAGCAAACUGGAUGUCAGUGCCACAAAGGUCGUCCUUCCGUUCCUUCGUAGACUGUGUGAAAGAGCGGCGGCGACAGAGGAUUGAAGUGACAAUGCGAUCGCCGCACUGUCGGCAUACAUCUGUCGGCAAACUCCACGUCAACGAGGGACAUGUCUAUUCGUUAUAUUCAUCGCACCAUUCAUCCCCUAUUAAAAAUCAUCAAACGCGCCCACACACAACACAUUUUACAUUGACGCGUGAAAUAAUGAAACAUUCUAAAUCGGCAGCAGCAGCAGCAUCAUCAUCAUCAUCGAACCCUUCGACAGAGAUAUGUAAAAUUUGAAAUUCAAAGACCGAAGCAAAAUCCUAUGAAUGUACCAACGAUGAAAGAACUAUUCAGAGAACGUGCAGAAUCAUCGUUCUUUGAUUUGGAAUAACGUACUGUUGUAAGGCAAAAAUAUAUUUUUAAUGAGAACAAUGUA